AUGUCUAUUUCAACGCUGGACUUGGAGCUCGGACGCAUAAAUGACCUGCCAUAUGGCCACUGCCGUGAGCAAGCGUACGCGCUCAUACGUGCCAGUGUCUUCACUUCUGUCCAUCGGCUCAGAGAGCUGCAAGCUGAAGAGGCAGUAGCUGAAGGGUACCAUGGUGUUAGAAUAAACACCGUGGCAGCUGACCUUCAACUUAUGCGGCACGAGAUUGCCGCCGUAUCAUUGGCAUUCCACAGCGCAGUCCCAAGUUCCCGUCAAGCGAAGCGAUUGUCGGGCCUUGCGCAAUGA